CACAAAACAAUAACACGGUGGUUCAAAAAUGACUUGGAGCGUUUUCGGCUUCAGUCUGAUAGAUUUCGUGUGGCUUAUUUUGGCUCUUUCUUUUUUUGCGGCGCUGUGGGCACACAAGAUAGCAAAGCGCUUGCCCUCGAAAUACCAAAGGUGCUGUCUCAAUGUGCUUUUCCAGGAUCUGGUUCGAUACGGGAAAACCAAACAGAAUCUAAAACGCGACAACUGGUUGUGCAUUUUUGACGUGCCAAAGAGGUGGUUCUGGCACUUCUACGCCACCUCUCUGGUUUGGAAUGGUCUCCUUUUGGCUUUCAGCCUCAACGUGACACUAAGACAAUUAUAUCCAAAAUGCCUGUCGGACUUGCUAAAUGUUCUGUCUGGUUCAUCACAUACAGAACACCAAGCUCCCCAUUUGAGCACGGUGCUCCUGCAGCUGCUGCUGUUAUCACACUCCCUCCGAAGGCUUGCGGAAUGUCUCUGCGUCAGCGUCUUCUCCGACGGCGUCAUCCACCUGCUGCAGUACGUCUUCGGCCUGGCCUACUACCUCCUGCUGGGGCUGACUGUGCUCUGCUCUGACUGUCAAACAAAAGGAAAUGGGCCUCUCUUAUCCCAACUGGAGUGGUGUCACGUUGUUGGGCUUGCACUUUUCAUUCCGGCCUCUUUACUGCAGCAUCAGUCCAUGGUGCUUUUGGCUGGACUCCGCACUGGAAAGUCAGGACGAGUGGAGACACUAGCUCACCGGAUGCCAAAAGGUGGCGGCUUUGAGCUGGUGUCGUGCCCACACUACUUGGCCGAGCUGCUCGUGUACAUCUCGCUGAGUUUGGUGGCCGGCGGUCUUUCGCUCACGUGGUGGCUGGUGGUCCUGUACGUAUUCUUCAACCAGGCGCUGGCCGCACUGCUCUGCCACGACCACUACGUCGGUAAAUACCCGUCCUACCCAGCCCAUAGAAAAGCAUUUAUACCUUUUUUGUUGUGAUGUGUAUACUUUUAUUUUAUUAUGAUCUAUUGUGUGUAUUAAUGCUUGGCUAAAUAAUAAAUUAACAGUUAUGCAAUCUA